GACAAGCAAAAUGGCUGUGUGGUUUCCUACAAGUCAGUUGCUCCUCAUUGCACUGUUAAGUUGGAAUGUCCAUUGCUUCCCUGCUAAAAAAGGCUGGAGCCAGCCUAAUCUCUAUGAGGGCAGUUUCUCUAACCAGGAUAUUCCUGCUGGCCUCCAUUAUCGCUCAUCCCAAGCUGCUCCUAUUCAGCCUUCCUAUGUGAAUCAGCCUGCUCUCUCAUUCCGCCAUGAACCAGUAGAUGAGAAAAUGUACUCUAGCCCUCAAACCUACCCAGCAAGCUCUGGUCCUACUACACUCUCGUCCAGUGAGGCUUCAUGGAACGUGGCUCCUGCUUGGGACCCUGUGGAAGAGUCCACAACUGCUCGUGGUGUGUCUCAGCCCAGACCUGACAUUGGCCUUCCUCCUCCUCCACCUUUUUAUCAGGCAGGUGAGCUUGAGCGCUAUGAAGAGAACUUUGAGCAUGGUAAUACGGAAAGGGAAACGGAGGAGCUAAACUUUGUGCCCCCACCACCUCCAUAUGCUGCCCCUGACUAUAAAUCCAUCUCUAACCAUGGAACUGGAGAGGGGAAACCAGGACUUGGUUUGAUGGGUCUCCCUCCCUUUGAGCUAAAGAGUCUUCCCAACUCUGACAGCCAUUUGCAACCAGUACCAGUUGGACCAAGCCAGUACUACCUCUUCUUGACGGGUCAACUUCCUCCUGGCACAUAUACGAACUACCAGGCAGACUAUGAAACUGGAAGAAACUACUGGGAUGAAGACCAUUAUGAGAGAUACCACUUCCCUGAUGCUCAAAGUCCAGUCAUCUCAACUCAGACCCAGGAGGUUCCCAGUUAUAGAAGCCGCAAGACUCUCAAGUCUUAAACAAGCCUGAAGGUCUUCAAACAACAAAGCUGAGGAAAAUGGCAGCUCUAGUAGCUCCUUCAGUUAACUCAUGUGUAUUUUGACAUCUGUGUUCAAGUUUGAAAUAAAAUGCAACAUGCUAAAUUAA